AUGAAUAUUCCACUGAGCAGUGAGGUCCACGCCUUUGCUACCAAAUCUCAUGCAAGUCUUAUCGACAAGGACCUCCUUCAGCGUUUCACGGAUGUGACUGGCCGGAAGCCGCAUCGCUUUUUACGAAGGGGUAUCGUCUUCAGUCACCGAGACCUGGAGACCAUCCUCGACAAAUACGAACGAAAAGAACCAUUUUAUUUGUUCACUGGCCGCGGUCCAAGCAGUGACAGUCUACAUCUCGGACACUCCAUACCGUUCGAAUUCACAAAAUGGCUCCAAGAUGUCUUCGGUGCUCCGCUUAUCAUGAUGCUCACCGAUGACAUGAAACUCUUGCAUUCCGCUUCCUUGGAUGUAUCCACAGUGAAGCGGUACACAGUGGAAAACGCCAAAGACAUACUAGCUUUCGCGUUCGAUCCUGUGAAGACUUUUAUGUUUUCGAAUCUCGAUUUUGUGGGAGGGCCCUUCUAUCAGAACAUCAUCCGCGUGGCCAGAAUGAUCAGAGUCUCGGACAUCAAACAAGCCCUUGGGUUUGAGGAUCGACACAAUGUCGGCAUGUUCUAUUGCUGCUCGACUCAAAGCGCAGGCACAUUCGCAACGUCGUUUCCUGGCAUCCUCGGACCCGACACUACAGAGGAAGACCGAGCGACACUGCAAAACAUGCGAUGUUUAAUUGUGUGCUCUUGGGACAUCGACGGCUAUUUCAGUGAAGUGAGGAAGCACGCCGAAGCUUUGGGACUCAAACGAGCUGCGUUCCUUUACUCCAGCCUGCUGCCGUCUUUGCAAGGGCCAGAGGAAAAAAUGUCGGCUUCGGUGCCGGUGUCCGCGGUUUUCCUUGCAGAUGAUGGCGAAUCGGUCCGACAGAAGAUUGAGCUUGCCUUCCCCGACGAUGGUGGCUUCAAGAUGGAAACGCUUUUCGAAUAUCUGAACUUCUUUCUGGAGGAUGAUGAAGAAUUGGCACGACUCAAGAUGGGCUUUGCGCACGGCACUGUGCGGUCGAUUGAGCUCAGGGAGUCUCUCAUAGUCGCAAUACAACAGGUUGUCUUGUCGUUCCAGGAAAUCAGGGUUCGGGUCACGGACGACUAUCUGGAGGAGAUGAUGACGCGGAGGUUGAUUCGCUGA